AUGCUUGGCCUUCGCUGGAGUGGCGCAUUUGUCGCCUCGAAAAGCAGCUCAGUUAUGUUAUUACCGCGGGGCGCGAGAAGAGAGGGGACGGGCCAACUACCGCAUCCAAUCUCAGACUUCCCGGAUCGGGAUCCGCGCCAACACCUGUCAAUUACAGCUAGGAAGUACUACGCAGCCUACAAGGGGCAGAGACAAUUCCUCUACUUCACCGUGAACCCGUUGCUGACUACUCCCCGCCGCCGAUUAAAUAACUCCUUACUCAUCUUCUCAUCAUCAUCUAUUCGCCACCAAGUUUCCCAUCCAAGCGCAUCUCGAGCUAUCUCAUUCUCAGUCCUCCACGACCAGCUCCUGGCUGCUCAGGCGCAGCAUCUCCAUCAAUCCCACCCCCACCCUCACACUCACGCUCACCACGCCCCUCCUCCGCCCCGUCCGACGCCCGGCGCAUCAGCCGCCUCGGUCCGCGACCCAAACAAUACCAAUAACACCAAUACAGCCAACAUCACCAUCGACCCAGCAAUUGCUGGAGCUUCCGCGAUGAUCCAUUCGCCACCAACUACAGUGGCGACCACAGCCCAGGGACAUGCGCCUGAUCUCCCCAUGGAAGACCACGCCGACGGGCGCAAAACCUACGGCAAACGCGAAUUAUCCACCUCCAAACGUGCCGCGCAGAACCGGGCUGCUCAGCGAGCCUUCCGCCAACGCAAGGAAGGCUACAUCCGCAAACUCGAAGAACAAGUAAAAGACUAUGAAAUCCUCGUCGAAAAUUACAAAGCCAUCCAGGCCGAAAACUACCAGCUGCGCGAGUAUAUCAUCUCUCUCCAAUCGCGCCUCAUCGACUCGCAGAACGAAGUCCCCGAGCUUCCGGGAAACAUCGACCUGUCGCAACCGCGGAAUGACCCCCCUGCACCCGCCAUCAAUUCCUCGACCACUGCCGGAGUCACUUCAGGGAACGCCGCUGCGGCCGCCGGUGGCGGCGGUGGGGCCAGCGCAGGCGACCAGGCGGAGGUCAGCGCAUUGAAUCGCAUUGCCGUCGCGGGACUGGGGAUGCGGAAGCAUCAGCAUGAGGAGGCAGCGUUCUUGGGGAACAACGGCGAAUCCUCUGGUAAUCAUGCCAAUGUCGGUGCGGGUGUGAAUAACGGCAAUGUGAAUGUGAAUGCGGAGGCGGAUUCUCCCUCGAAAAGGAUGCGGUUCGAUGGGUUGCCGGAUGUUGAGAUCGGGGUUGGGGUGGGUAUUGGGGAUGGCGUCAAGGGCGAGGUCGCGUCGUGA